UCCUCCCGGGGUCCUGAUUGUGAAAUACGCGGAAGUGACAGGCGGAAGCGGUCUGAUCUGUCAAGGCAGGGGAGAGGAAGAAAAAAAAGAAAAUUGCAGAAUUUGACACAAAGAGGUUUAAUCCCAAACAAAUAGCACCGAUCAUCCCCUCUCCUUUUUCUUUUUCUCGACACCGGCGAUGAUCCUGUUAGAAAUCAACAACCGUAUCAUAGAGGAGACGCUGUCGCUGAAGUUUGACGGCGCGUCCAAUGGAACCAAACCAGAGGCCGUAGAUGUGACGUUUGCAGAUUUCGAUGGCGUCUUGUACCACAUCUCCAACCCCAAUGGGGAAAAGACCAAAGUGAUGGUCAGCAUCUCCCUGAAGUUCUACAAGGAGCUGCAGGAGCAUGGGGCUGACGAGCUGCUCAAGAGGAUCUAUGGGAAUUUCCUGGUUUCAACAGAGUCUGGCUACAACGUGUCCCUCCUCUACGAUCUGGACGCGCUACCGGCCAAUAAAGACGAGGUCGUCCACCAGGCGGGGAUGCUGAAGAGGAACUGUUUCGCCUCAGUGUUUGAAAAGUACUUCAAGUUCCAGGAAGAGGGCAAAGAGGGCGAGGAGAGGGCCGUGGUCCACUACAGAGAGGAUGAGUCCAUGUAUCUGGAGGCCAAGAAAGACAGAGUGACAGUUGUUUUCAGCACAGUGUUCAAAGACGACGACGACGUCAUCAUCGGCAAAGUUUUCAUGCAGGAGUUCAAGGAGGGUCGGCGAGCCAGCCACACAGCCCCCCAGGUGCUGUUCAGCCACAGGGAGCCGCCACUGGAGCUGAAGGACACCGACGCUGCUGUCGGGGACAACAUUGGAUACAUCACCUUUGUCCUGUUCCCACGUCACACCAAUACCAAUGCCAGAGACAACACCAUCAACCUCAUCCACACCUUCAGGGACUACCUGCACUACCACAUAAAGUGCUCCAAGGCCUACAUUCACACACGCAUGAGGGCCAAGACGUCAGACUUCCUCAAGGUGCUGAACCGCGCUCGACCCGACGCCGAGAAGAAGGAGAUGAAGACCAUGUCUGGAAAAACAUUCUCCCGCUGAGGCCCGCCCCACCAACACGACCAGAGUAAUCCUAAACCCCGUGGACAAGCCCAAACGCGCUUCACUGAGACGCCACAUCGGACAGGACUCUUCUAAAUGCCCCCCCCCCCCCCCGCCCAGCCCCCAAACACGUGUCCAGUCC